UUUAUAUUGGAAUGAAUAAUAAAAUAGUAGUUUGUAGGCUAGUGUUACUUGUGCAAAAUUCAUCAUUUGUAAUUCAUUUAGUACAUCAUUGAGCAAAAGUGUGUAUGAUUUAUGGUUGAUGAUAAUCGAGCUAUAUUCAUGUAUAAAGAUGGCUCACAAGCUUGGGACGCAAAGGAUUUCCUGAUACAACAAGAAGACUGUGUUGAUGUAACAAUUGAAAAUCAAGUAUACAAAGGUCCAGCUUCUCCAUUUGUUGAAGGAAACGUUGAAAAAGUUGAACUAUAAUUGUUAUUUUCUAUUAGUUAAGCUUAUUUAUUUAUAUACAGUUAUUCUAAAAAUGGCAAACUUUAUUUAUAUAUACAUUAUUGGCUUUUUAGACAUAGCCAGUCUAGCCACAAUCAUGCCUUCAUUUAAUCGUCGUCUCUUAAAAUUUGGAGCUACUCAUUUACAGAUAACCCUUCUAGAGUCUCUCUUUUCAAGUUUUCAACUAAUCACAGGCCCCAUUGUUGGAACACUGAGUGAUCAAUAUGGUCGCAAACCGUUGCUUUUGCUUUCAAUGAUCUUUAGUGUUCUUGCCUUUUUUGCCAUGGGGCACUGCAAUACUUAUCUGUCGAUUGCUGCCAUUCGAUUGAUGUUAGGUUGUUUCAAACACACCCAAAUGUUAGGAAAAUCAUUGAUUGGUGAUAAUGUACCUAAAACUCAACAAUUGAGCGCCCAUGGAAAAUUGAACAGUUUCAUUUCAUUAUCAUUUAUGAUAGCACCGAUUUAUGGUGGUUAUUUAUCUGAACACGAAAAUGGUUUUUACUACUUAGCUUGCUCAACCAGCUUACUUUGUGCCAUAAAUGUCAUUAUUAUUACAUUGAGUGUACCAACCAAGAUAAUUAAAACAACUGGUCUUAAAAAAAAUAUGUUUCACCAUUUAAAAGAAGUCGAUUGGAUAGAAUAUUGGCCAUUAUUGUUCAUGAGAAUGAUGUAUACUGCAACACUAUCAACAAUGAUGGUGACAUUUGGUUUUGUUCUCAUAGAAACUUAUAAACUCACACCAUCCCAAGUUGGUUACACUUUGUCAGUUAAUAGUUCAAUUGGCGUUGCUACUGGAUUUGCAGUUGCCAGAUUGGAGCCAUUCUUUCGUAAAUAUAGUUCGUUCAAAAAAUGUUUCUUUAGUUUUAUAUUACUGUUUGUUGGAUAUGUUUGUUUGUCAUUUGCUCCUAAUAUAACGUUUCACAUUGUGUGCAUGGUUCCUAUCAUUGCAGCUGGUACUCUGAUUGAAGUAUUUUUAAAUCAAAUUCUAUCGGAAACCUGUAUGGGUGAAAAUAGAGGAACUCUAGAAGGUGCUAUGACUAGCUCUAUCUCAGUAGCCCGAUCUAUUACACCUGUAGUAGCAGGAUUGGCUAUGGAUGUAUAUGGUUCUAGUGGGGCAUAUGCUUUUGCAGCUUUAGCUGCUAUUUCUGCUGCAAUGUUGGCUAAAUUUUAUGAUAAAAAAACCAAACCAUCGUAAAUUUAAAAAAAAGUGUUCAUUUUGCAAUGAUCUUAUAUUUUGUAUCAAACUUUAAUUUACUUAUUAAAUAUAAAAUAAGUAAAAGAUUUAUUGUAAUAAAUCUAUUUUUCUAUGCAUUUUGUUGAAAAAUAAAUAUAUUUUGAAUGUAUCUUGUGAAACCUUUUAUUCCAUGAAAAAUGUUGUAAGUUUAAACUGUUAAUUAUUUAAGUUAAUAAUUUUUAAAUAGUAGCUGUAUUCAAUUUGGUAAGUAUUUAGUUUAUAAUUAAUAUAAUUUAAUAUGUAAGUAAAAUAUUAUUUAUUUGUAUUUGAUAUUAUUGAAACCGGUUAUAAUAUGUAAUGUCAACUAAGAUAAUCCAAAAAUAAUGUAUUCAACAAUUACCUAUAAAUAGUUAAUAUCAUUGCUUUUAUAAUAUGUAUUGUAAUAUAAAAGCAAAAUCAGUAGUAUAAGCUGCUAAAUUUUUUUUUACAUAAUUAAUUAAAAAUAUAACUUUUUUAGA